AUGGCAACCAACACUUUUCUCUCGUCAUCCUCUUCUACCUCUGAAUGGAAUUACGAUGUAAUCUUGAGUUACAUAGAAGAAGAAACAGUGAACAAUUUCACAAGUAAGCUCUACACUUCCCUAGAGAGCGCCAACAUCAAAGCAUUCAAGGAAGAUGCCGAGAACUUUAAAAGAGGAGACCAAAUCUCUGAUUCCCUCAUGAAAGGAAUCAAGGAAUCAAGAUGCGCAAUUAUAAUAUUCUCGAGGAACUAUGCUUCUUCAACACGAUGCCUUGAAGAGCUGUCCUUGAUAAUGGAAUGCUGGGAAAAGCUUGGACAAAGGGUAAUUCCUGUUUUCCUCAUGGGUGUCACAGGAUCGGACAUACGGCGUCAAACGGGGAGCUUUGAGGAGCCUUUUCGCCAGCUCGAAGAAUGCUUUGACCGGGAGAUGGUGAAAAGGUGGAGGUCAGAUCUGAAAAUAGCAGGUGAACUCUGUGGAUGGAACUUGAAAGACGUUCCUAAUGGGUAA